CAAGAAUCCUUCAUCCCAGUUUCAGUUUCACAAAAGAAAAUAACAGAGAGGGAGGGAGGGAGGGAGAGGGACAGAUAACAUGGGGUGGAUAGCAGAGAACGUAGAGUCAAUCAAAUCCAUGAAGAUCAGAGACACUCUCUCUCAAUUGAUCACUCUUGGGAUGAUAGUGUCGAUGGCUUUAAUAAUAUGGAAAGCCUUGAUGUGUUUAACUGGUAGCGAAUCUCCUGUUGUUGUUGUUCUUUCUGGUAGCAUGGAACCUGCUUUCAAACGAGGAGACAUUUUGUUCUUGCAUAUGAGCGAGGCCCCAUUUCGAGCAGGAGAGAUUGUUGUGUAUAAUGUAGAAGGAGAGCCAAUUCCAAUUGUCCAUCGAGUAGUUGAGGUUCAUGAACAGGAAAAUACUGGAAAGGUUGAUAUCCUUACUAAAGGAGAUGCUAAUGAUGCGGAUGACAGGGGUUUGUAUGCUUAUGGUCAGUAUUGGUUGAAGCCACAACAAAUUAUGGGGAGAGCUGUUGGGUUCGUGCCUUACGCCGGUUGGGUUACAAUCGUGAUGACUGAGAAACCUAUUAUCAAGUACAUGCUUAUAGGCGCUCUAGGUCUUCUGGUUAUAACCUCCAAGGAUUAAGUAAUCAAGUUUUCAAGACAUGACAGAUACCAUUUAUAUUCUCUCUCUUUGAAACAGAAGCAAUGAAAUUAGUUAGCUGUGCUCAAUACCAACAGAAUUUUGUAAGAUCUGAGGACCGCAUAUCCUGUUCUGUAAACUUCAGAUUACGCAGGUGAAACAUAUUUAUUGUGUCACUCUGAAAAUCUAUUGCGCGUUGCUUUGAAAGCAUUAUUUCA